AGGGCCAACUCUGGCAUCAAAAUCAGUCCUUCACCAACACCAGCACCGCGUCGUCGCCUCGAGCGUCUGAAUGCUCCUUCCCCUUGGCCGAAUUGCUGGCAGUGCGUCGCCAAACACCCGCACUUGGAGCAUUAGGGUUCUGCGUCGCAAAUCAAUCUGAGAAGCUGAAGGGAAAGGAAGAGAGGCAGCGAGCGAGGUAGCGAAGGAGGGCAUCGACAUGGAAUCCAGCGGGCAUGGCCAGGGAGGAGGAGGGCAGGGGCAGCACGACGGUGCCGAUGCCAGUUCGCAGAAGACCGCUGACCUCACAGCCUUCGUGCAGAACUUGUUGCUCCAGAUGCAGACUCGCUUCCAGACCAUGUCCGAGUCCAUCAUUACCAAGAUCGACGAGAUGGGAUCGCGCAUCGACGAGUUGGAGCGGAGCAUCGGUGAGCUCGUCAAGGAGACGGGCCACGCCGACGCCAUCUCUGCUUCGCCGUCCCAGUCCUCUUACCAGGAGCUGCGAGGAGGGGGCUCCUCCGCAAAAUGCACUAAAAUGGUCAUUGUUGUCAGCGGUGGUCGGGUGGAUAUACCUGAACCUAUCAGAGAACUAUUUAUAGUUUGACCUGAUCUGACCAUGUCUUGACUGCUCGGCCAAGGUAUCUUCUUCUUUUACCUCCGGCUUUGCUGUGUGCACGAUCUUGAGGCGGUUCAGUGGUUGUAGACGUGAAGCGCAUGCAUCUGCAGAAUCCACGUACGCCAGAUGUGGCACAUACGGAAAGGUAAAGCGGAAUGAGCGACUUUGAGGAGCGGAAUAUGUGUUGUUUGUAGGGGACUGGUGAGCACGAGUAGAGUUGAAAAUAGGGCAGAGGUUAUGAUUUUUGGAGGAGACAUCUGGUAUGCGUGUGCACAAUGUUAUGUGCCUCGAGGAUGGGGGUGUUGAUCAUGGAGGUUUUCAAGGAUUCGGAGGUGGCAAGGAGGAGUAUCUGGGUCUGUGGUGCCGAGUAUGAACGGGCGUGGAGAUCUGGCUAUCAGUAGAGGAUUAGAGGAUGUCAAUGGUGAAAUGACGGAGUCGAGAUUGAAUCAGAGGCUGGAUGAUGUGUUAAGCAUGGAGAGUUGAGGUGUGAGAUGAAUAGCCCAUUCAAUUUGAGAGAUCUGUAUCGGGAUGGGAGUGCACAAGAGUUGUGACUCGUGAGUCAUCGUCGUGCCGAACUUUCCUUUUGCGGCCGACGGGCGAUGUUGGACAUUGUUUGUCUAUGAUUUCCAUAUUCAUGAUUCGAGUUUGUUGAUGUCGCUGAUUUUCACACAGAAUAACGUGCUCAGCGACUCAUGCUGAAGGUGCGAGAACCUUUUAAUCUAACAUGUUAGACA